CAACGGGGAAACUACAGAGGCAGCUCCACAGCAGCUUUUCACCAAGCUUUUGUGGUGAUGUUUUGACAGCUGAAGAGAUGAUCCAGUCCAGAAGUAUGAGGACAACUGAAGGAAGAUCCAAGCCCACGUGCUCAGUCCCUAGGUUGUUUGAAUUGGACCCUGACCUGUUGCCCCUUUUCCAGUACAAUUGCAAGCAAUUUGCCAGCCCUCAGGAGUGCCUCUCUGCCCCGGAGUUCCUGGAUCACAUCAGGAAGGUGAUGCUGGUGAUUGAUGCUGCUGUGAGCCACCUAGAGAACUUGUCCUGCCUGGAAGAGUAUCUCUGCAACCUUGGCAAGAAGCACCAUGCAGCUGGUGUGAAGGUUGAGUCUUUCUCGACUGUCGGCGAGUCCUUGCUGUACAUGCUGGAGAAAUGCCUGGGCACGGCCUUCAGCCCAGACGUGCGGGAGGCUUGGAGCAAGCUGUACGGCGCUGUGGUGAGAGCCAUGUGCCGCGGCUGGCAGAGCCUCCCGCAGCCGGACUAGCUCCCGCCAGCCCCGGCCACGAGCGGCCCCGCGCAGGGCAGCGCUCGCUCUGCUGCUCUCCACCUCCGUCUCUCUGUGCCCGGCCGCGCUUUCGGGCUCUCCCAGAGGUUCUGCCUUGCUUUGACACAGCCACACCUGUGCUGAGGGCGGCAGGGCACAUCUCUGCAGCGCAGCUGCGGCACAGGAACGCUGCCCUGCCCCAGGUCCCUCCGGGCCGGCCGCAGCACCUGCACCCGUGUACCUACCCUGGUUUUUAGGUGGUUCGUCUUCUUCCCUCCUCUUGCUGCCCACCCUGGUUAGCUGGCAGCUAGCAUAGGCCUCUCAGGCUUGUUUGUCUGAGCUCUCAUUUGGCAUGCUGGUGACUGCCAGGGCCGGCACUGCUCCCUCCCCUCACACAGCUGUGCUCGGAUCAGCUGUGGCAAAGGCAAGUUUGGCCCCCUCCAGGGCAGGGGCAGGGACAGCAGAGGUGGCAGCUAGCAGGGCCUUAUGGCCCUCCUCCCCAGGCCUUGUGGGGAGCUUUUCCCCCUCUCCCUUCACCAACAUACCACUACUAUAUGCCCUCUUCUGCCUUGCCUCUCCCCUGGGUAGGAUCCGUGACUUUUCCCCAUGUCAGGUUGGCCACAACUCAGUGUGUUUCCCAGGGGUGCUUCAAGCAAUGGAGUCAUGUUAAUCUGUUGAUGUGAGGCUGCUUUUCGAAGGUCUGGGCUGCUAACUGAAAGGCUUGGCGUUGGUUUGGCCAGUUGAUUUAACCUGAGGGCCAGCUGAAAUGCAAUAGCUGUGGUGGCUCUUUACUGCUUUGGCUUAAGGAGACUAAAGUAAAGACAAGGAAAAGAUGUCUUAAAAUAAAAAUGAAGGUUGCAAUCAUGUCAUGGCAACGGCUUCCAGAAAUCAUUCUGGCUCUCAGCCAGAGGAAGCAUAGCUGGAAUUUCUCUACCGAUGCUGUCAGGACCUGGAGCACUUCCCAGCUACACACAGGACUCCUCUGCAGAGCUCCUCACCCUUCAGUAAUCCCACCCAGCCACACCUGAGAUACAGGCACUUCUGAGCAGGGCAGUAGGUACCCAGUUAGAUGUGUGCAGCAGUAGUGUGUCAGGACUGGAAUGAGAAGACAGCAUCUGUCAGAAGGAACCUCAGGAAAUGGCUACGAGGCAGCACCUGAGGGCUCUGAGGGGAGCUUAACCUGAGCACUUCAAAGAAGAGUUCAUCUUCAUGGGGAAGUCACAGUGAGACAGGCAGAAUCGUAUUUCCAGCCAUCACUAGCCCCAGGGCAAGGUCAUGGAGCAAGUAUUCAGUUAGAGGCAGUGGCCUUUUUGGCUGUUUCUUCAGAGCAGGAGGAACCCUGCAUUGAGGGCUGAGAUGGAACGUGUUCUAGAGACACAUUCCUCCUGUACUCAGACAUCCUCCCUUCUGGGGCAGGAGAAGGCCACUCACUCCUUGCAGCUGCAGUGGAUGUCUCCCAGCCCCAUGCCAUGGAGGGCAGGAGAGAGUGCCCGGUGAGACAAGGCUCUGCUGCCCUGCCGCCAGGCCUGGUGCUUACUGCAAGCAGUGAGCUCUCCAGCUGUGUUUGGGAUGGCAGCUGAGGGGCAUUGUGGAACAAGCAGUGAAUGCCCCUGUGUAAGAUGCUUGCUGUGCUCCUGUGGUCCUGCAGCAUGGUGGUGUGCAUCCUGCUCCAUGGCUCUCUCCACUAGCUCGUUCAGGUGAGGUUCUCCCCAUUCUCAUGCCAGGCAGUAAGGGAUGGGAGAGACAAGGCUGUGGUCUUGGCUGGGGAGGCACUAGCUGUGAUGGCAUGGUACAAGGCAGGAAGGUUUGGGAAUGGGGAGUUCCUCUUUGCAAACCUGCUUGGAGGCAUCAGCCUUCAGCAUCAUGGGGGCACCUUUUGGCUCUGUGUGACGAGAAGGCAGCUGUGUGGGUGAGGUGUGGGUGUUACUGCCCCAAACCAUCCCUGCUCCCCCUAGCUUUCCCAGCUCCUUCCACUUCUCAUCUGCACCAUGUUUUGUGUAACUCUCAAGGGAACUGAACU